AUGGAUGUGUCGGUUGAAGUGUCUGCAAACAGCAGUAAGUUCUAACUUUGUAACAUAUUAUUUUUUGUGGUUAAUAUUUUGUUCGUCGUGGUGGAUUGUUUACGGUCAAAGAUUCUCUUAGUCUGAGACUCAAGCUAAAAUCCUCCUAGACCCAAAAGUCGACAAAAGAACGAUGCAAAUUUUCACCAAAAACUUACAUAUACAUUUUUUUAGACUCAGUGUGGGAGUACGAUAGCGGGGAAAGCGAUUUAGAGCUUACAAGUCAUCCACUAUGUGGCCACCGGAAGGUAUUCGAUUUUUGUUUUUCUACAAGUGAUUGUAUUUCAAUUUUAAAUACACGAAAGUAUCUCGGUGUUGUUUUAUUGAGCAACAUUUUAUAAUUUUCAGGAAGUUCCCCUCGUCGAAAUCUUUUUUAUCCUGUCAGAACACCAAAGAAGCUGAAGAAGGCGUCGAUGAAGCUAGGCACUACUGUAUGCGUAUAUUAUUUUUCAUUGUAAACAUUUCUACAUUUGUAAACUUUUAUCAAAAACUUUGGCCUUUUCCCAGCAUAGUUCCAGGAUAUCUGAAGGCAUUUUUUCUUGCAUAUACUUCACAAAAGUAGAUAAUAUUCAUCCAGAACAGGAGCCCAUCAAAUUUGAUGGGCUCCUGUCCAGAAACAUGAUUUACAUGUUCUUACAUUCCAUUCAGUCAGAAAAUGUAGCUAUUUCGUCUUCGUAUAGAUUUAAACACACAUUUUUAGUUCACUCAAUAUUGCCUAAGCAGCCUUGUUGCUAGGCAAAUAUACCAUGUAGUAACCCUGCUUCUAAAACCUUAUAUCAUGGAAUCAAGGGUAUAUUGCUUGCGUCCUCCAAAUAUGAAAAGUACCUGUUGGGAAUUAGCUGGGGGCUGGAGCUAAUUGAAAAUGGCUACGUAUUGUGAAUGAACAGCAAUAAUUGACAUAUUUAUUUAUUUAUUUUCGAAAGUUCGCCUCGUGCCCAUCCUCUUUAUCUCUAUACUAUGACUUAAGCAUAAUUCUGACUUUGUUUUUUUGAAGAUCUGGAGAAGUGAGUUGUAACCACUGGAAAUAAAAUGACCUUUAGGGUAAACCUGACGCUAUUUAACAUUUGUCUGAUGCACAUUUAAUGAUUUUGCAGGAUAUUCUUCUCGUCCUUCUUUUGUAUGUUCUGUAAAAAAGGACACAAGGACACUGCCAAACAGUCCAUCCGUGAAGACCAGUCAGCAGAAGAGACUGGAAAAAUAGGUACAACUGUGCAAUGUAUUCAUUUAUAUCACUUUUUUACACUGAGACUAAUUCCAUCAAAUAUAGUAAUAAUUUCUUAUCCAGUCUUUCAGCUGAUUAUUGUACACCUGGGAAUGUAAUUCUUACUUUAAUUAAAUUAAAUAGUUAUAUUUGCUUAUUUGAAAAAUUCUGACUAUUUCAUUAUUGUUACACAGCAAUUUUAAACUAGGCAACCUUAACAGCAUAUUAUAGCCUCGUUAUGAAUCUGCCAGUAUUUCAUUUUUUGAUCCCAGUGAGUUUUAUAUUGGGACAGGCAGAAAAAGAGGGAAGGGGUGGGCUUAAUGGGGGUGUGGUGCAUAUUAUUUAAUUUAUUGCAGGCACAAAGUAUGAAUACGAUAAGAUGGCAUUUAAAAUUCAUGGUGUCCAUGCAUCCUUAAUCGGGUAAAAACCUAUCAUUUUAAAGCAGUCAUGUUAUAAUUUCACUCUUUAGAUUGAAAAAUUUUUUAUUUUAUACAAAUGGUUUCAAGUUUUUAAUCAUGGACCACAUUUGUAUGUACCCUUUAACACGGUUAAUUUUCUACCUGGUUCAAAUGUUUUUUAUUUUUAAUUUAUUAAAUUUCAGGUAUUUUAAUGAGAAACUUGGUGGGGAAAAAAGAAUUAAGGAACAAAACUCUGAUGGCAUGGCACAACAAGAGAAGCCUGCAGAGAGAGAGAGAGAAGGGAAGAAAAGAAGAACUGCUGCCCAAGUUCAUGAUUCUUUCAAUUCAAAGAUGCAAUAUCAAAUAA